AUGACUGUCAUUGAUACAACAGCGGUUAAGACAACAAAUAUUUUACCAGUAACAACGUCAAUUUCAACAACAACCGCUAAAACAUCAGCUGACACCGAAGCCCAAAUUAUCAAUAAUGAUACCAGAGAUAUCCCGGUAUCUCGUAAAUUCGGUGUUUCGGGACCGCCAACACCGAUAACAACAGGAACCAUCAAAACGGAAAUUAUGAAAGAGAUCUAUUGUAGUGGUUCACUUCUUGAAGCGGUCCAAAAAGCUAACAUCUUUCAUGAUUGCAAACAUUUUGUCGACAUGCCACUCAAAAUUGAUGCUGAAUCGACAUUGCACGAUUGGCACGAGUUAAUUGAAUCUGGUCAAAUUGAUGAAAAUUCGUUGCGACACUUUGUUGAAAGUCAUUUUGAUGAGCCAGGUGGCGAAUUAGACACAUGUGAACCAAGUGAUUUUGACCCAGAAUAUGGCAAAUUUGAAUCUAUUAAUUCACCAUCAUAUCGGCAAUGGGCUAAGGAACUUCAUCGAAAAUGGCCUACAUUAUGCCGUAAGGUGUCCGAUCGUGUUAUUGCGGAUCCGGAAAAAUUCUCAUUAAUUCCGCUACCAAAACCAUUCGUGGUGCCCGGUGGACGUUUCCGGGAAAUGUACUACUGGGAUAGUUUCUUUACCAUCAAAGGUCUUUUAGCUUCAGGCAUGCAUGACACUGUGCGUGGAAUGAUCGAAAAUAUGGGAAGUCUCAUUGAAAGAUUUGGUUACGUGCCCAAUGGAAAUCGCGUAUAUUAUCUCAAUCGAUCUCAACCUCCGUUGCUUACUUGGUGUCUAUCUGCAUAUUACGAAGCAACGGGUGAUAAAAAAUUCGUCUUCACUGGUGCUCGCUGGUUCGAGAGAGAAUUUGAAUUCUUUCAAAAACAUAAAUCAAUUCAGCUGCCCGGUGUAACAUCACUGCUAUAUCGCUAUCAUGUUGUAGCUGUUGGUCCACGUCCGGAAAGCUACCGUGAAGACGUUGAAAGUGCUCAUCAUAUUGAGGAUGUCUUAGAGAAACAACGUUUGUGGGGUGAUAUAGCGGCCGCAGCUGAAAGUGGACGAGAUUUCAGCUCGCGUUGGUUUUCUCAAGAUGGGCCUGUAGCUGGUAAAAUGGGUUCCACACGGACCAGUUCGAUCUUACCAGUCGAUCUGAAUGCAAUCAUUUGCGGAAAUCUUCGUUUAAUGGCUAAUUUGUAUGAAGUAAUCGAUGAUAUAUCAAAUGCUGAGCAAUGUCGAGAACAGUUCAGAAGUAUGAAGCAAGCAAUUCAUCAGGUAUUCUGGAAUGAGGAAUACGGUUGCUGGUUCGAUUAUGACAUCAUCCAUGCUUGUCAUGUCAAUCUCUAUAUGGAUACCAACUUCUUUCCUUUGUUCAGUGGAUGUACGCAUGAUGAUUUCGAUGCGCAGAAGAUAGUAACAUAUAUGACGAACAUGGGUGUUUUGGCAUUCCCUGGUGGUUUACCAAGUUCACUUAUAGCAUCCGGACAACAAUGGGAUUUCCCGAACGCUUGGGCACCAACAACUUGGGUUGUUAUUCAGGGUUUGCGUUCUACUGGUCAGCAUGAACUAGCUCGUCAAAUAGCCGAGAAGUGGAUCAAGCGAAAUUACAGCAUGUGGCUUGUUUCUGGUGGACGAAUGUUUGAAAAAUACAAUGUUGCAUCGCAAAACUAUAAUACGGCUGGAGGUGGUGGCGAAUAUGAAGUGCAAGAAGGGUUUGGAUGGACUAAUGGUGUUGUCUUAGAUUUGCUUCUUACAUAUGGACCUGAUCUGACCUUUAAGUCGGAUGAUGACAAGCCUAUGACACCGGGAGAAGGAUGCGUUUGUUGCCAGGAGCAUCAGCAAAUUUCUGAUGGUACCACAACUACUAACACCAUACUAGUACCUUCACCAGCUGAUUCUGGUCUUCAGUAA